CAGAGUUAUUUAUAUCUCUACUGUUUUCUUCUCUGUUUAUAACAGUUUGGACAUUAGCAAACUCAUAAAGAAAAUUGGUGUACAGAGUUCCAAAAGUAGCACAUAAUCUGAAAUUUCUUUUUUUUUUUUUCCAAUUUUAGUUAUGUCUUUUUCUGUUUCAGAGCUAAGCUUAGAUAUGUGUGUCUGUUUCCCUUCUGACUAGGGCUUUAAAAUGAACAUUUAUGAUGCUGAAAUUAAAUGUUUUUCCUCUUUAUUGAACUUGGAAUGUGUUUUCUUGGAUAAUAAUGUUGUUUGGUGUUGUGGGGUUUCUCUGUUAUGAUAAUAGUUUCAAUAUAUUUUCAGUUCUUGAUUAUUACUUAUUUCUUCAAUUUUCAAUUUCCACUUUUUUCUUGCAUGCUUUGGAGUUUUCUGUAUUGUUUCUUAUCUUGUUGAACUAGAAAUUUUGAGAAUAUGAUCUAAAGUUGCUUUAAUAUGAUUGAAUGAACAUUGUCAAAUACAGAACAAUGUGUAUCAUGUGAAGUAGCUAAACUCUUGUAUCUGUGGUGAAGGGGAGACUCUUUUUUUUUUUUUUUUUGAGUUUGGUGGAUUUGCUAGACUUUGAAACAAUGGAUAUUGUUAGCAAGGAUGAUGUUGAUCCAGAAAAUAUGUUCUCAGAUUGGCAAUUAAGUGGCAGUAAUCUGACAAAUGCAUCUAACCGAAUUAUCGAUUCGUUCUGUGCUAGUGUUUGGGAUAAUCCUAUUAGUUCAUCAAACUUAGGCUUCUGUGGUACUAAUAUUCAAAUGAAUCCUGGUGCUGCAAUUGGCUUGGACCCUCUGAGAGCUAGUGUUAAUAGAAUGGUUGCUAUGGGCUGGACUCAACCAAAUGUGAUGUCGAAAGGAGGCACGUUUAUACCCCCUACUACUGGUAUGGUUCCUCAUAGCUUAACUCAAUUGUCAGCUGAUUCAGGUUUUAUUGAGAGAGCUACAAGAUUUUCAUGCUUCAGUGGAGGAAUAGUUGGUGAUAUGAUGAACCCUUUUGCUAUCCUUAAUUCUUCUGAUACGUAUCACAACGGACUGACCUUCGGAGAAUCACAAGAGGUAUUCGGUAGUAACGGAUUACAGUCACCUUCUACUGCAAUCAGUCAAAAGCAACACAUGAGAAAUGCAGUUGAAAGUUCUGAUCAGGAUGUUUCUUUACCUCUUGAAUAUGAACACACAGAUAGAAGCCCUCUAAAGAAUGAGAAAAAUGUCAAGUCUCAGGAUGAAGCAAAGGAAUGUGUUGGCAUCUCUGAAAAUGAGUCUGAAUGUAGUGGACAUCAAGAAGAAGUGGAGGAUGGGAAUUCUUCUGCUAGGUGCCUUGGCUCAAGGAAAAGGAAAAGAAGUGAUCAGGAUACAGAAUUUGAUCAAAUGAAUGGAGCACAACAACAACCAGCUGAACUGACAAAAGAGCAAAACUUGAAUACCAUUGCCUGCAGGCCUGGUGGAAAAAAUGAGGAUCCACCUAAAGAAGACUACAUACAUAUCCGAGCUCGAAGAGGCCAGGCAACAAAUAGCCAUAGUCUUGCAGAAAGACUAAGGAGGGAGAAGAUCAGCGAACGGAUGAAAUUUCUUCAGGAUCUUGUACCUGGUUGCAACAAGGUCACUGGGAAAGCAGUAAUGCUGGAUGAAAUCAUUAAUUAUGUACAAUCUCUUCAAAGACAAGUUGAGUUCCUCUCAAUGAAGCUUGCGACUAUAAACCCGCGGUUGGAUUUUAAUAUUGAUGCGCUCCUUGCGAAAGAUAUUUUGCUUUCACGAGCGGAUCCUUCAUCCUCACUUGCUUUUGCUCCUGAUCUUACAAUGCCGUAUCAGUCCUCACAUCAACUGCAACCAGGCCUGCUUCAGUCAGGUCUUCCUGGUUCGGGAAACUCCAACGAUGCAUUUCUUAAAUCUAUCUAUCCCUAUUUAGCUGUUACGAGUGGUGGCUACAAAGAGUCUUCAUCACAGUUACCUAAUAUAUGGGAUGAUCGAUGAACUACAUAAUGUUGUCGCGAUGGGACCCC